UACACGACAGCAAUGGCUCAGUUUAGGGGCCGGCGGUGUCUGCGUGCGAAUGUCCGUAGCUGGGGAUGACAGUGACGUCAUCACCACUGCCAGCUGGAGCUUUCUUCAGGAAACGCCAGCAAGAACCGCAAAGGUCGGACAACCAGCCCAGACUUCACUAUGGCGCUCAGAGGGGCCUCCCUCCCUGCUCUCUGACUCCACUCCACCCUGGAUUGCCACGGACAGGUGGGGCAGCUGUGAGGACACCAAUCGGGCAUGAGCUCCACGGAGAUGGCCCCGCCCCCUCGCCACAAGCCGCGGCCCCCCUCGCGGAGCAACAGCACCGCCUCCUCCAGACACCUGGGCACCCGGCAGAGCUCAAGGAACUGGGAGGUGAUGGAGGAUCCACAGAACGAGAUUGGUGGAGGCGAAGGGGGAGGGCGGGACUUGGCACAGCCUGAUAAGCAGGAAGGGUACCUGCUGAAAAAGAGGAAAUGGCCCCUUAAAGGGUGGCACAAGAGGUAUUUUGUGUUGGAAAGCGGGAUUCUCAAAUACGCCAAGACCCAGCAAGAUAUCAGUAAGGGGAAGCUCCGCGGCUCGUUCGACGUCAGUCUGUCUGUCAUGUCCAUCAACAAGAAAUCCAAACGCGUUGAUCUGGAUGCUGAAGACAACUUGUAUCACCUCAAGGGGAAGUCUCAGGAAGUGUUCUCUACCUGGGUGUCUAGUCUCCGCGCUCAUCGGAUCUUUCGCAAGAGCGACUCGACCCGGCUGCAGAACGGGAUGUACACAGUACUGUCACCCCUCAAACCCCUGCCCAGCAACGGAACUCUGCUGGGUCUGAUCCAGCCCCCUAGCCCCUCACACCAAAGUCCCAGGUCAGUCCCCCUGCACAGCGUCCCCUCCCUGGCUGUAGAGGUGGACAGCAAGGUGGCUGCCUGGCUGCAGCACACUGAUGACAUGCAGACCUGCUCCAGAGAGCUCUCCGAGUGUCAGACCAGCCUGACAGAGCUGUGGAGGCUGCUGCAGAGUCUGGAGGUGCUCCAUCGAGUCGCCUCCGUCCCCCUCAUCUGUGACAGCCAGAAUUCGGUGUCGGAGAAACCCAAGAAGGAGAAGCGCUCGUCCAAGAUCUGGUGCACCAAAAACUCCACCAAGGAGGAAGCUGCAGGCACGGCUGCCUCGUCACGGCUCCACGCUUCGGUCCCCAGCCUGUCUGACUGCCUGGACCCUCCUCCCCUCCCCAGUGCCUUCUCCCUCCAGCCAGAGUCCAGCCAGCUACAGCAGGACUUCUGCAGCCUGGCGCAGAGAGUCCACUCCUCCCUGAAAAGUGCCUUCGACUCCCUGUCUCUGGAGAGGGAACGCCUGCAGCAGAGCUGGCUGCAGCCCCAGCAGAGAGAGACCCCCGUCACACAGAUAGCAAACCUGCGCAACGCUCUGUCAGAGGUCUCGGCUCAGAACAUGGAGCUCCAGACCCACCUGACCCGAAUUCACUCCCUCUCCAUCUCAUCGGACUCCACCAUCGACUCAUUCGUGUCUGUCAGCCAAGAGGAGCAGGUCUCCCCUGGCGCUGGUGGGCGGUCUCUGAAGCAGCAGGGCUCCAAUGACAGCUUGGCAUCUCUGUCGGACUCCCACGCCGAGUUCUUCGAUGCCUGCGAGGUUAUCGUCUGCGGCAGCUCCUCGGAGAACGACGCCUCGGACGCAGAGUCCUGUGUGAGCGACGUGACCUGCAGCAACUCCGAGGAGCAUCUGGACUGCGGGGAGGAGGGCGCACCCCCCAGGAAAGUGACUGUUCCCAGUGCUCCCAGUAUCCCCAGCAGGGCUGCCCAGUACGCUGGCCGGCGGACCUGCCUCCCAGCCCCCUGCCCCAACACCAGCAACAUCAGCCUGUGGAACAUCAUGCGCAACAACAUUGGGAAGGACCUGUCCCGCGUCUCCAUGCCGGUGCAGCUGAACGAGCCCCUGGGCACCCUGCAGAGACUGUGUGAGGAGCUGGAGUACUCUGAGCUGCUGGACGCUGCCAACCAGAGACAGGACCCCUUUGAGAGGAUGGUGUACGUCGCUGCAUUCGCGAUCUCGGCCUACGCCUCUGCAUAUCACCGGUCUGGCAGUAAGCCCUUCAACCCGGUGCUGGGGGAGACAUACGAGUGCGAGCGAGAGGACAAGGGCCUCCGGUUCAUCAGUGAGCAGGUCAGCCAUCACCCUCCGAUCUCUGUGUGUCAAGCUGAGUCUGACAACUUCAUCUUCUGGCAAGAUGUCCGGUGGAAAAACAAAUUCUGGGGGAAAUCACUGGAGAUCGUUCCAGUGGGGAUGGUUAACGUCAUACUUACAAAGUUCGGAGACCACUACGAGUGGAACAAGGUGACCUCCUGCAUUCAUAACAUCCUGAGCGGCCAGCGCUGGAUCGAGCACUACGGGGAGGUGGUGAUCCGAAACAACAGCAGCAGCAUCUGCCAGUGCAAGAUCACCUUCUGCAAGUCAAAGUACUGGAGCUCCGUUAUGAAUGAGGUGCAGGGGGCCGUGCUGGACGAGGCUGGCACGGUGAUCCAUCGGCUAGGGGGCCGCUGGCACGAGGGCAUCUACUGCGGGACCCCCCCCAAGACACACUGCAUCUGGAAACCAAACCCCAUGCCUGCGGACUUUGACCGCUAUUACGGUUUCACGCGGUACGCCAUGGAGCUGAACGAGCUGAGCCCAGAGCUGAAGCUGCUGCUGCCGCCCACAGACACGCGGCUCCGACCCGACCAGAGGUACCUGGAGGAGGGGAAUGUCGAGGCUGCGGAGACUCAGAAGCAGCGGGUGGAGCAGCUCCAGAGAGAACGUCGCAAAGUCCUGGAGGAGAACGGACUGCCACACCAGCCACGCUUUUUCACGAGAACGGUGGAUACCAGUGGUAAGGAGUUUUGGUUAAGCAACGGGACAUACUGGAAAGUUAGGAAGGACCCGGGAUUUUCAAAAAUGGACAACACCGUUCUGUGGUGACAGUGAUCCACGCGAUCGAACCACAAGCAUACAACCCCGGAACCUUUCUACUCCCGAAAGGGGGUGAGGGGGGGGGGUGGACCAGUAGGAGGUACCCACAGAAACCAGUCUGGAACUGGCUCUUAGGAAGAAUAACUGUAUAUUAUUAAUAAUAAUGAUAAUGUUUUAAUUUUUUUAAAAACAGAGAUAUUACUAAAAUGAGAUUUUUAAAGUUUGAAAAAGUACAGUUGGAAAGAGAUUGCUAUAAAUACGCGAUGGAGGAGAGGUGGGGUAGAAGGGGGUCUACCAAAACCACUCGGUAUUUUGUUUACUGUAGGGCUAGAACGUUAAAUUCACUCCCGGGGGUGAUCAGAAUUGGUGACCAUCCAAAAAAAUUAUAUUAUAUAUAAUUAAUAAAUGAAUGUUCGAACCAAACAGAUCUCGCACAUCUGAAUUUGUUUAAUUUUUCUGGAUUCAUUUAGAUGUGUGUGUGUGUGUGUGUGUGUGUGUGUGUGUGUGUGUGUGUGUGUGUGUGUGUGUUUUAGGUCUACAGACAAUGAUAAUUAAGCACAAAGUUUUGAAAACAAACCUCCGUGACGUUGCUUGUCUAUUUAUUACUCUGUACUGUGUUUUUAACUGCACCUUCAAUCCUGUUCUCCAUACCAGUGAGCCGCACCGUUGUUAAGUUAUUCAACUUUUGUGCAGUGUUCUAGAAACCGAAAAACAAAUAUAUUAAGUAGACGAGUAUUUUGGCUAUCACUAGCCUUGUCUGCUUCCGCUAAGCUUUACCUUAUACUUUUUUUGAAGUUUCACAGGCUGCGAUUCAAUUGAAUUUAUAGCGCCGCUGUCCGUACGGCGGCAUUCAAAAAAUACAAAACACAAACCAUGAGUAAUAUAAUUCAUGUUCAGUUUUCUUGUUGUUAAUCUAACAUCAUUGCAGUUCUCAGUUCGUCGCAGUUUAUAGUUUACAAUUAUAAAUGCAAUCCCAGACACUGGCUGGAGACAGGCUGCCGUGGUUACAGUGGCAUCCAUCCCAUUUGAUUCCACUGUGCAGGUUUAGAGUCUGUUUGGUUUGGGUUCAGGGCUGGUCACCCCUAUUGACAGAGCCCGGUGUGCGGGACACAGGGACACUACUUAUUAAUGUAUCCCACCAUCUACACUCCCAAGUCAAGUAAAAGCCAUACACAUAAAUACAUGCACAUGUUACUGGAUCCAAUUGUUUUAAUUAAAUAAUGUAUUUUCAUAUGCUACUGUCUAUGCUGAGCAAUGAAUAUAUUAUACAAUAUUUACUACUGUAACAUGGAUAUUUAAUAGAAGCCAGGGUCGUGCAAAAAAAAAAAAAAAGGAUUUUUGGUUUAUUCCUAGCUAGCAUGUUACCAUGAGUUUAGUAUAGCAUUUCUACAUAUGAGUAAGAGACUGUUACAAUUUCAGGAUGAUUUAAAAAACUGAGCAAACUGGUAGUUUUCCUACGUUAAUACAUAGAACAGAUACAAUCUUGUGGAAACCAUUUCGGAUUCCAGUUUUUCAAUUCAUUGAGUUUCUUAUUUCAUGGUCACCUCGCAGGACCGGGAGCACGUUGUCGAGGUAAGAUAUUACGAAUGUUAGCUAGGAAUAAACAAUUUAGGGAAUCUUGCAAUAAAAACGUCAUGAUUGUAAUUGCAAUAUGAGGCCGCUAGGUGUCACUGUGUCGCUAUAUUAUAAAUGUGAGCAAAAACAUUCUGUGGAUCUGAAUGGAUGCGAUUUUAGAUUUGUUACACAGUUUACCGCUAUUGCUGUUGUGUUUAUUUUAAUUUUUUUUUUGGGCCACAUCAUUUCAAAUCUAUAAAACGAAUGUGUCUGUUUUUUUUGUUUUUUUGAUGUGUAUUUGUGCCUUUUUGAAAGACAUUUGAUUUGGUAUAUAGAGCGCACCCUUGUGUUUGGACGUUCUGGGUUUCAGGAUUUUGUCUGAUUUCUAACUAUUUUAACUUUGAAAUAAACUUUACCCCCCCUCUCCCCUUUUAAAAAAAAAUAAUAAAAAUGUACAAGUUUACAAUGCAAAGUGGAUUCAUAAUACAAGCUUACCCAUAACUAAAAUGGUCCCCUAUUGCUUUACCUAAUAGUCUGUUUUUUUAUUAUUAUUAUAUUAUAAGUUAUUAUAUUAUACAGCAUUUAUAUUGUACCUUUUUUCUUUGUUUUUUUCCCUUUCGGUGCAAUAACUGAUUAUUAAUAAUACUGUAUUUAUCUACACAUUUCUGUUGCAUCUUAUAUCAUACAGCCCAAGCCAGGCUGUUUUGAGUGUAUAGAUCUGUAUGUGAAGCUUGGAGGGGGAGGGGGUGAUUGUACAUUUUCAUCUGUUAAUGUGUGUAUUGUAAUCAUCAGUUUUAUUUUUGCAUUGGCUCACACAUUCCCCUAUAGAGGUAAAUAUGAAUCUAAAGAUGAUUUAAAAUAUACUCUUUAAAACAACAA